CUCAUGUUUCAUUCUUUCUCUUCUCUUGUCGUGUUCUCAUUGCCCUCUUCUGUUCAAUAAUAAUAACUUAAUAAAAGAAAAAAACAGUAAUUGAAAAUUGAAACAGCUGAAGAAUAAUCAUCAUCGUCGUCAUCGCUUCCCAAUCAAACCCACCACCCAUUUGAAUCAAUCCAGGGAUCCCCUUCUGGUCUCACAUCUUUAAUCGGUUUUGGGGGUGGAGGAUCGCGUCAAUCCAUUAGGUGGAUUUUGCAUCCUAGGAAUGUAGGGUUGGGUAUUGUGAAGUUUCACUCAUUUGAUGAUCUGGUGGGAUAGCUUGAUUCUGAUGCAAGGACAAAGGAGGACUGUUGGGUCGUUCCCAGCAAUUGUUAGUAUGAUGCAAGGGCCCAGUUCUAGUGGCACUGAUAUGAACCACCAGUCUUCCUUGAAUCAUGUGCAAAAUGCAGUAGAUUUCUGUUUGUCAGAUUAUAGGGGAUCUUCUGGUGAGACUGCAUGUUUACGUGGUACUGGUCAUAAUGUUCAGAGCUUCAGUGGCUGGAAUACUGGUGAAUCUAGUUCAAGACUCAAUCUGAUCAACCAAGUCAAUGAUGAAGGUCUAAAAUCAGAACAUGGGCUGUCUUCUUCGUAUAAUGCUGCUACCGAGGAUGAUCUCAGGUCUGAGGAAGGACAAUUCAAAGCAAAUAAUGUAAUUUUUCCUGUUAGUUCAAAUACUAAUCUACAUGGCAAUCAAUCUAGAGUUCACCCUUCCUUUUUGCAAGGUUCCAGUUCUACUCAUAUUAACCAGAAUAUUAGUCUAGAUAUGGGGCAUGUAGCUAAUGCUGCUGAUCGUGGGAAGGGCAAAGAAGCUGGUAGUAGUGUUAAUGCCAACAAUACUAGUGGAAUAGACAGAGAAAAGACAUUGUUUGGCAGUGCUUCAUGUAAUCACACAGGAGCUUCAUCUGAAAGCUCUGGAUACAUGGCUUGGGGUGAUAGUGCUAAUUCAAGUUCUUCUUUAGUUAAUUGGGGUCCUUCCUGCAAGAGAAAGGCUCUUGAAGGUAGUUCUAGGCAACUGUGUUCUGGAGGAAGCUCAAGCACUCUUGUACAAUCCGGAAAUGGUUGCUGGCCUACUGAUCCUGUUGAUCUUAAUGCUUCCAGCGACUUAACUGAUUCUACACCUAUAGAAGAUAUUCCUGUUACUAGUCCUCCAUUAUUUCAGAAUGCAACAAAUGAAGAGCGACAAGAAGCUCCCAAUGGAUUUCCUUUGAUAAGUAUUGCAGAAAAUGUGGAAAGGCCUCUAAGAAACUUCGAUAGAAGAAUGAGCCAUCUACAGCAUCAGGAAUCUGUACCUCUCAAUUUACCAUCAACAGGGAGUGCUAGGCAUCAUAAUCAUUCUUCUCUGCAUCAAGCACCUGGCUCUCACUCAAUCAAUGAUUCGUUGGAGUUGAGGUUAACAGCUGGAGGGACAUCUUCUGCUAAUUCUGGCGCUUCUCUGAACCAGUCACCUGCCUUGCGCAUCCAUUCUUUUCCUUGGAACAGAACUGCCAAUCCUAGAGGGGCCAGAUCUUCAACUUCUUAUAACUCUGGAGAAAGAGCCGUGCGCGAAGAUUUUAAUUUGAGAAUGUUUCCAAGAGAUAGUACGGAACACCCCAUGAAUGUGCCUGCAUCUUCAGGACACGAACCUAUUGGUUGGCAUACACCAUCUGGUAAUGUGAACAAUUCUGGAGGUGCACCUCCUCCAUCCUGGAUUGGAUCUAGUUCAAAUGUUCACUCUCCCGCUAACCGUAGCUGGAUUUUUAAUCAUGAAGUCCCAGCAGAAAAUAUGCAGAGUGUGUCAGAGUUCAGUCCUUGGUCCCUUUUUCCAUCAAUUAGCUCUGCAUCUGGUGUUCAUAAUGCCCAUUCUGCCCCAUCUUCUUCUGGUCCUACUUCAUUUACCCAGGGUUCUAGCAGCAACCAAUCAUACGCAAGAACAGCAUUGGUGAUGGAAAGAAGGGGUGGUGAUGUUCUCUCUGGUGGUCCCCAUUCACUGCGAGCAUUAACCUUUGACAAUGAGGGGAGACGUCGACUAAUAUCUGAGAUUCGCCAAGUCUUGAUGGCAAUGCGGAGGGGUGAGAACUUACGAGCUGAGGAUUAUAUGGUCUUUGACCACCCUUUCUUAUAUCAUGGCAUGGCUGAAAUGCACGACAGGCACAGAGAAAUGCGCCUUGAUGUCGACAACAUGUCUUAUGAGGAAUUGUUGGCAUUGGAGGAGCAUAUAGGAGACGUGAGCACUGGAUUGAAUGAGGAUGUCAUCAUUAAGUUGAUGAAACAGAGAAUUUACGUGCGUGCCAUUAUCAUGACAGACUCUUAUACAGAUCUGGAACCUUGUUGUAUCUGUCAGGAGGAAUUUUCUGAUGGGGAGAAUGUUGGAUCACUGGAUUGUGGGCAUGAGUUUCACAGUGGUUGCAUUAAGCAGUGGCUAAUGCAGAAGAACCUGUGUCCCAUUUGCAAAACAACAGCCUUAGCUACAUGAUAGGGAGAACCUCUAUCUUCUUAAGCUGGCUCUAUCUAAAGCUUUUUUUUACUUUAUAAACUUUUUUCUUAAGAGAACAGGACCUCUCAUUUGUUGUGAUUGGGGACGACAAUAUGCUCCCUAAAAAGAAGUAAACAAAAAACAUUGGUGGGUGAUCUAUGAACUAUUGUAGAGUUUUAUUUAUACUUUUGUAAUGGAUUAUUACAUGUGGUUUAUGAUAAGCUAUAA